UCUUCGGUGUAAACAAUAUUCAAUUGAUAUAUAUUAGGAAUAUUAUACAAUUUUUUUUUAAUGUUCAAUAAUAUUAUAAUUCAUAAUACCGAUGAAUUGAGGAAAUCGUUUUGAAUUACAUUAUUAUUAUGUGAAUUUACGGACGGAAGUCGGAAAUUGAUUAACUCCGAUCGUAUUAGUGUGUAGUGUCCGUUGUAGAUGUGGUAGGUAGGCUGUCGGUAUAUACCAGGCUCACAAACUGCUUUACCGAUGGAGGAUCCGAUAGAUCCGACCGCAUUUGGCGACAUCAAGAGACCCGAUCAAGUUGUGACUAUGGCUGCCACUGAUAAUUUGAAGUUUGGUGUGCUUAUCGGGCUCGUCGAGGUGGGCCAGGUCACUAACAAGGAGGUGGUGAACACCGUACUUCACCUGGUAAGUGCUUUUAAGUUAUCAAAUCAACUAAAAGAGAAAUCACCGGUCUAUCAUAGGUAAUAAAAACAAAAUUUUCCUAUAAUUAUUUUGGACAUAAUAGCAAUUAAAAUGGGUAAUAACGUAAUGGUAUAAUAGAAAAAAUCUGUCUUAACAAAUAUACUUCAAGAUAAUGUAGACAACCUUUUAGUGUUGGUUACUUGCGUUUCAACUCGUAUUAAUUAAUUCAUGAUUAUAUAGAUAUAUUUAAU